UUUCUUUGAUGAAUACGCCCUUCCUUUGUCAGUCGAUCAAAGAAUGUCUAUCCUCAAAGAAUUGCCUGCUUACAUCCAGUCCUUUUAAAUGGAAAAGAUGGAUGGCGAUGAAGAAAUGUGUCCAGAAUUUACUUCGUCAUGGAAGCAAAUUAAAUUUUACGAAAAAAAACAUGGUUAUAACACAACUUCGUUCCAGAUGCAUACCGCAUUUGUGUGUCUGUUUCUGUUGUCUGUGCUCAUUACCUAUGUCCACGCCGUCGUAGAAACUUCAGAUGCACCCUUGCACAUGGCCCAGUGCUACGGCAUGUUCAAGAAACGGACAACACUUGCUCGGACACCGGCGUCUGCUAUUCAACAUUUCUGUGAUAACAACUACAUGUGGAUGAAAGCGCGGGAACUCAACAUAAAUCGAGGUGCACCGCCUUCUGCAAAAGCGUACGCUGACCACCUGUUUCAAGGUGUGAGGCACGAAAUGGUCAAACACAGGGCGGCCAGAAAGAAGCGUCAGGUUGGGACCCCCAAACUCAGGAAAGAAAUAAGAAUGAUGAGUGACGACGAAAUAAAUCUUCUGUUUCAAGCCAUUAAUCUUGCCAAAAAGAACACGACAAUCGCUCCAAACAAGUAUGACGCCAUGGCCGAGAUGCACACGGGAAUCACAUCCAUUGCCGCUCAUGGUGGUUGUAACUUUCACGGCUGGCAUCGAGUGUAUAUUUACAUGUUUGAGAACUCGUUAAGAGAGGAGGGUCCCCAAUUCGCCGACCUGACAAUUCCGUACUGGGACUCAAGACUUGAUUACUACAUGGGCGACAACCCUACGACAACGGCGUUGUUUAGCGACCGGUUGUUGGGCUCGUGUACAGGGGAGGCCAAAGGAGGACUCAUGGGGACCGGAUGGGAGUCAUCAACAGGCGCAAUUACACGAAACUGUGGCACAGAUGGGCCGCUACUUAACGACGACAUGGUGAACAAUAUCACAAAACAUACCCGGUUGGAACAAAUAUGUGGUGAGAGUUCCGAAAUAGACCACGACUGGGAGUUCCACCACAAUGGCAUUCAUCGAUGGAUCGAUGGUCAGAUGGCAAUUUUAGCGUCGGCUGUGUAUGAUCCUGUCUUCUGGUUUCACCAUACGUUCGUAGACAAAGUAUGGGAAGAGUUCAGGAAUAAUCAAAGAGCGGCUGGCGUUGAUCCAGAAACAGAUUAUCCCACGAACCCGACAACAAUGGGCUCACAUGAACUACAGCUUCCCGAGGCUGCAAUGGGAUUUUCCGAUCUGCGCGUCAUCGAUGGCUUGAGUGACAUAUUUACAACGGAAUGGUUUAAAUACGCUCCGUCGCCAACAUGUAUUGAUCCUUCAAGUGGAUGUGGAUCAAAAUAUUUGAAAUGUGUACAAAACACUGAUAAGAAGGUGAACCAAUCUCCAUUCAGAUGUGUAGCGCGAACACUUAAAGAAGUAGAAGAGUACGAGGCCGAAAUUAAUAGACCAAAACCUCAAGUAUGCGAUGUAAUCCCUCCACCUGUUAUUAUUGGUGAGCAUCAAGUCCUGAAACCUAUAAGCCCCGUGCAGAAUACAUUCUGUAUGAAUGGGAAAAGCGAUAUAGGACAAUGGGUGUAUAUACCAAUAAAACUCAUUCUUAGGCGCCCUCCUGAUUACAGAAGUUAUGGGUCUUAUCCUGUGCAGGGUGGUAAGCUCCAGAAAACUCGCGGGGACAUUUAUUCUCCAAGUGCUUACACCAACAUGAAUAGAUAUCUUAGAAACCGACCGGAAGAACCGGCAACGUACGACGCCUGUCUUGAGUCAAAUGAUCCCACAAACACCAUAUAUGUAAAAUCAGUGGGCCUAAAUUACGAAGGUGUCUAUAAAGAGUAUGCCAUUAUGGACAAGCGUCUUGCAAUCACCGUCGCCACCGCUUAUAUUGCCAUCCGGCGACCUAUGACGGUAACUGAUUCUUCCGUCGCAAUGCUUCACGCUCAAGAUUCUUGUGGACGAGUCUGCAAACCGGUGUGCAAAGUUCCGGGAACAGAGAUUUUCCGGCCUUGCUCUGGAGCAAUUAAAGUUACUGGUGGCCGCCCCCUUCAGUUCGGAAAUUCAUUCGGAGACGCUGUUCUUGGCGUUUUCGACUUUGAAACGGAAAAAGAUUGCCCUCAGAUGAAAUCUGAGACAAUAAUUAUGAGCUUUUACUGCGAUUACAGUACUGAUUGGAUCUGGCCAUCUGUAGAUCCGGUGAAAACUCCUAUGGUGAAUCCUCCAUCACCACUAGCCCAGCCAGGUUGCAGCUUAGGGCAUGGAUGUGUCGUCAGCAAACCUUGCGAUCAGCUGAAAACAUGCACGGACGGAGAAGUAGUCCAAUGCCUACACUCGUGCCACAUAUACGCGGCUUGCUUCCAGAACAAACUGAUGUUGUAUCAAUGCAGACGAGGGGAGAGAUAUCUUCAGGGAAGAGGCUGCGUCAGUUCUAGAACGAACCCAUGCGACUACUCAACUUCUGGCGUUAAACCAAUGGUGCCCCCGCGUAGACGCCGUGCGGCAAUGGCCAAAAGACGGCAAGGGCGUGUGCUGAAAAAGUAAUCACUAAUCAAUGUUUGACUUUGCUCAUUAUAUGUGGCGGCAAACCUUUGAAAGAAUGAUAUAACUUUGCGAUAAAACAUUUAUAAUCUAUUCUCGCCAACUAACGUAUAAUUUGAUCUCUGUGAAACUAUAAUUAUAUGGAAACAGCUAGAGGAAUGUACACUUUAUUUUAACCGAUGAACUGUAAAUAUUCAGAUCCGAUUAAAAACAACAGCUUCACAAAUAGGUUUAAUUGAGUGAAAUGUCGAUAUGCAAUUGAAAUGAAUAGGUUUUUAGCAACCAAUCGAACGCCGGGCUCAAAUUAAUUCUCGUUCAUAUAUUUAAUUCUUUCUCAUUAAAAUGUGUUUAUUGAUAUUUAGGAUGAGAUACGUACUUUAUCUUUUACCGGUGAGCGAAUACGACGAACGUCAAUUUACAGUAAACGUUUCUUGUGGUUUAACAAUGGUGAUUAAUUGUCCACUUUUUGUGUCGUGCUUUAAGGGUGUGAUUUGUAUAUUAUAAAUAGAAGUUCGUAAUUUAUAAUGACGAAGUGUAGUGUUGUUGCUUUUUAGUAUCAAGCAAAUGUUUGGCAUGUAUGUCGAUAUGUUGUGAAUAACUGUGUGUCGUGUUUGCAUAAUUCAAGUCGAAAAUAGAUCUAUAAAUUAGCAUAUGUUAUACUUAACAGAAUGUUCGUAAUGAUGUUUAGAGAAACAUAUGAAUGAAUAUUCGGUUAAAUAUUUUGUAUGAUAAUGUCUUAUCCGAAUGUCUGUACCACUAUGUAUAAUACUAUUUAACUUAAGUUAAUAAAUGUGCUGUUAUUGUGCAAUAAAUAUAUUUUUUUAAAUUGUCUUGCUAUGGCAUUAACAUAUCCUAGUUAAGUUGUGAACAUUCUCAUCUCUAAGUGAUGUCAACAAACGAAAAUAUUUUUUGUAAUACUGAAGGAAUAUACAGAUAUUUAUUUUCUAAAUCACACAAACAGUUGUCUACUUUUGUCUUUGUAACUUCCAAACGAGUUCAAUUAUAUGAGUAUGCCAAUAUUAAGAAACUGCUUCGUUUUAUUUGAAUAAAAAAUGUAUAACGUG